AUGUUCUCCAACAAGUUCGCCACCAUCUUCACCGCGCUCGUCGCUGCCGCCGCAGCUGUCAGCGCUGCUCCCGCCGACAUCAUUGCCCCGCCCGUUACGGCCCCCAAGGCCGGUGACCUGUGGACCGUAGGGUCGAAGCAGGUCGUCACCUGGGACACCUCCAGCAUCCCCAGCAACACGACCGAGACCGGCGUGGCCUUCCUCGGCUUCCUCAAGGACGGCUCUGACGACGAGCACAUUGACACCAAGAACCCACUCGCGACGGGCUUCCCCAUCACCGCGGGGUCAGUCACUGUGACCGUCCCCGACGUCGUUUCCCGCGACGACUACAUCGUCGUCCUUGUCGGCGAUUCCGGAGACGUGUCUGGCAAGUUCACUAUC